AUGAUAUAUGGGGACUUCCCAAUCUAUGAAAAGGCACUAGUUUCUCAUGAAGAACAUGGCCGCCGGCUCAAUUAUCCGGUGUCUGUUCUUCGCGAUCCGAUCAUUGAUGGGGUAUGGAACAAGCCUCUCGCGAUCCUAUCAAUCAUACUCCGUGAAUUAGAGAAGCCCCUAGAUCAGCGAUUACAGUGGAUCUUUUGGUUUGAUAGCGAUACAGUUCUGAUGAAUCUGAACUUGCCUCUAGAGACCUUCAUUCCACCUCCAUAUCUAUCAGAAAUCCACAUAUUACUUUCCAAAGACUGGAACGGAAUAAAUAAUGGAAACUUCUUUAUCCGUGUGCACCCUUGGUCGGUCAAAUUACUCAAUGCCGUGAUCAGCUAUCCCUACCUACAUCAAAAUGCCAACCUUCCCUUUCGGGAUCAAUCUGCCCUGAGCAAUGUUAUCAACGAGAAUAAGUAUUUUACUCGAUCUGUUGCAUAUUGUCCAUCUCGGUGGUUCAAUCCGUAUAGAAGGUCAGAGAAUGGGGAGCUACCGAUAACUGAACACUUGAAUCCGGAUAUGCGAAUACACCCUGGAGACCUUCUCGUUCACUUCCCGGGGAUAUAUGGAGAAGCAUUGGAUAAGGGUAUGAAACCAUAUAUUGAUAUCUCCGCCGAAGAGAGACCAGAGUGGAACAAGGCCGUGGAAGAAACUGGUUACAUAGAGGAAACAUCCUCAUUCUGGGAGGAUUUUUGGCUUCCGCCUAUUGAGGAAGGAUAUCUUCCGCCUUCUUGA